CAAUCUGAGGAGGUGAAGGCUACUCUACGGGCAGCCUCAUUCCUCCAGCACAUACACUUUUAACAACAUCAUUUUCUUUUCUUGUUUGGGAAUUUUAGCUGAAUUUUCAUUUUCCUUCCCCCCUACCCCAUUCAAAAGUAACUUGCAAGUGAACGACAAUUUCUUCAUUGUAAAUGGAUAACUACAAGAAAGAUUUCAGAACCAAGCUUAUAGCCGAGCACAUGACAUUUCCUUUGCUGGCUGUCUCCCUGCUCUCCUCAUUCGGGUCCUCCAUGCUUUAUGGUUACAAUUUAGCAGUUGUGAACUCUCCAUCAGAGCACAUUAAAACCUUCUACAAUGCCACCUGGAUCCAGAGAUAUGGAGAGCCACUUACAUCAAGCCCAUUGACCAUUUUAUAUUCCUUGACGGUGUCUGUAUUUGCACUUGGGGGGAUGUUGGGGUCCCUGUUUGUCGGUGUUCUGGUCUCCAGAUUUGGAAGAAAAGGAACCAUAAUAAAAAGUUCCCCACUGGUUUUCAUAGCUGGUGCCAUGAUGGGAUUCAGUCGUCUAUUACGGUCCCCUGAAAUGUUGAUUGUCGGACGGUUUAUCACUGGCAUUCACUCAGGUAUUUCGCUUAGCGUGGUUCCCAUGUAUUUGGGAGAAGUUGCUCCAAAGAAUUUACGGGGCUUCCUAGGCUUUAUGCCAAGUAUUUUCAUUUGCCUUGGAGUAUUUACUGCACAGGUGCUUGGUCUUCCUGAACUGCUGGGUAAGGAUGACACUUGGCCUCUGUUUUUCUCUAUGGUUGUGGUGCCAACGUUUGUUCAGAUCUGCACGUUGCCUUUUUUUCCGGAAAGUCCUCGGUACUUGCUGAUUGACAAGAGUAAUAUUCACGCUACAAUAGAUGCUCUUCGUUGUUUCCGUGGAAAGUAUGAUGUCCAAGAUGUAAUUGAGGAAAUGCAGGAGGAACAGCGGUCUCUAACUUCUGUGGAGAACGUUUCUGUGUGCCAGCUCUUACUGGACCGUACCUUGUUCUGGCAGAUUCUAUCUGUUAUUGUCGUCAAUAUGGGUAUGCAGCUAUCUGGAAUCGAUGCAAUUUGGUUCUAUACUAACUCCAUAUUUGAGAAUGCUGGCAUCCCUUUGGCUGAGAUACCGUAUACAACUGUUGGCACUGGUGCAGUUGAGAUAAUUGCAGGUACAAUUGGGUGUUUUACAGUUGAGAAGUUGGGAAGACGGCCUCUUAUGAUUGGUGGCUUUGGCUUUAUAGGGUUCUGUUGUGCUGGAAUUACUGUCACUCUUGUAUUUCAGGCACAGAUCACUUGGAUGCAUUAUGCUAGCGUGAUUUUUGUAAUCGGAAUCAUCGCUGGUUUCUGUAUAGGGCCUGCUGGACUUCCAUUUAUAAUAACGGGAGAACUUUUCAUGCAGUCACAUCGCCCCGCAGCCUACACUGUAGGAGGAACACUCAACUGGCUAUCCAACUUUACAGUUGGUUUUAUGUUCCCUUUUCUGCAGGAGUCCGCAGGAGCAUUCUGUUACUUGGUGUUUUGUGGGGUUUGUCUAUUUGUAGCCAUCUACGUUUACUUUGUCAUUCCGGAGACUAAGAAUAAAACCUUUUUGGAAAUUAGUGAAAUGUUUUCCUCAGGAAAUUCCUUGUCUGAGCCAGUAAUACCUGCUGAUAAUGUGAAACUGCGAAAACUGAAUGGGUAUGGAACAAUGGAGAACAGUUCACUGGAAAUCUCUCUGCCUUGAAAAGAACUAGAAAGGACUUUAUCGAGAGGAAGAUCCACAGUCUGUGAAACAGCAGGGCCCUUGGAGGAAGGAUGUACUGAAUUCUUACUGUUUUCAGUCCAAAGCCAAAGGACACAUUUGGGCAUUUAUCUCCAUACAUGUGGAUAAUAAGUGUUAAAAUUAAUAAAUACAAUUAUUUCUUAAAAAACUUAAAUAAAUCUCAU